AUGCGGCUGAAAGGGAAGAUGUUUCCUAGGUUUCAUAAUCGCCACACUAUGAGUUACUUUCACUUAUACAGUGUUUUUAAAAAACGAAAAAAUAUAGAGAAAUUUCUGAAGUUGUAUGAGAAAACUGUGCUGAGUGAAGUUUUACAACAACGCUAUGAGCAGCACGUCCUCAUUAAUGAAGCACAGGCAACCAUCGCUCAGUCCGCGUCGUUUAUAGAAUCCCAGGAGAAGAACCAAGUGGAGUUGGAAACCGAACGCAAAGUACAUCGAGAAGAGCGGGAAGACGACGAGUUGGCGCAGUUCGAGCAAAUACUUCAAGAGUUGGAUCAAGCAAGAGCAAAAAUUGCUGAGUUGGAGAAGUUGAUUGGUCCGUAUCAGGAGCAGCUGGAGGUUUAUCAGCACGAGUUGAAACUGUUCACUGAGAAGAAGUCCACUAUCAAGAAUGAAGCCAAAGAGCUCGGGUUGAAGUAUGCCCAGAUAUUGGGGCACCAGAACCACCAACAGAAGAUCAAACACGUGAAGGAUCUGAAAGUGAAGUCGUCGGAGUUGUUUCAGAAGAAUUUGGAUUUGGAGUCGAAAAAUUACAAGUUGAAUAAAAUGGUGGAGAAGCUGAUGAAGGAAGUCGAUGAUUUGAGGAAGCCUGGAAAAAAGAUGAGUCUGAGAGGAGAGGAUAAGGAAAAUAUGGGAAGUCCGAAGUUAGUGAAGGGAAUCCAAAGCCCCGGGCCGCUUAAAGAUAAGAAUUAG